AUGUUCAACCGCGACACUGAUAUUUUGGGUACAAUAUUUUCUUACCAGAAUCUUCAGAAGGGCAAAAUAAGUCUUGCGGAAAUGGUUUUUGGUAUGAAUUUAAAAGAAACUGGAGUAAGACGUUAUCCAGUGCGUGUUAGACAAAGAAUACUGCAAUUUGCAGUCACUAUUUUUCUUAAAGAAUAUAAUCCAAGGUUCAUUGAAGGUUUAAAAAAUCGUCUAACAAUAUACUACAACCUCCACCAAUCAAAAGAAAAACUCGGCAACACAAGCUUGCCUCCUGAUGAGACACUUCACAUAUUCUAUCCCGGGGAAUUUAAUUACAGCGACUUUUUUCCCUUGAUGAUGACAUUCUUCGCUUUAUUUUUCUAUGUGUACUUCUCAGUCCGUAAAAUGGAAUUAAUAAAGUCGAAAGUCGGGGUGGCAUUCAGCGCAACAUUCACGGUAAUAUCAUCGCUGUCAAUGACCGUGGGAAUAUGUUUUUUUUUCGGACUGACCCUCAGUCUCAGUGGCAAGGAAGUAUUUCCCUACCUGGUGAUAAUAGUGGGACUAGAAAACGUCCUUAUAUUAACAAAGAGCGUAGUCAGCACGCCAGCUCACUUGGACGUAAAGAUCCGAGUAGCCCAAGGACUGUCCAAGGAAGGUUGGUCGAUAACCAAGAAUCUGUUAACCGAGGUAACGAUUUUAACCAUCGGUCUCUUUACAUUCGUGCCAGCGAUCCAGGAAUUUUGCAUAUUUGCUAUCGUCGGUUUGUUAAAUGAUUUUUUCCUGCAAAUGGUUUUUUUCUCAACCAUCCUGGCCGUCGACAUCCGACGAACCGAGUUUUCCAGCGACAACACAAAAUUUCACUUCACAAACUUCCCGUCAAUGCGCAAGCAGCAAUUUUCCUCGACGAUUAUAAACCACAGCAAUAAAAAGCCGAAUAUAAUUCGCUCAAAGUCUCACCCACGGCUAAACGGCAUGACCUCAUCCGGACCAACGAACGUAAUAGCGCCGACGUCGCAAAAUACUUACACGCUGGUGAAAAUACCGAAGCGACUGAGAUUAGUGCAUUUUUGGGCACGUACCAGGAUUUUCCAACGUGCGUUUAUGGUCUGGAUGGUUGUGUGGAUUAGUAUGAUAAUUUACAACUCGGGGAUAAUAGAACACUUGAUACACCUCAGCGAUACGCUGAAAUCUGACUCGGAGAUGUACGGGUACACGGUUGAUAGGCCGCGUACCUUUAAAAAUUACGUUGAGCUCAAAACCACAAAACCUGUUAUCGCGACAACUAUCUUGCCUAGUGUGUUUAAUAAUAGUAACAAUAUUAAUUUUAUAAAUAAUAGUAACAAUGAUGAUAAUAAUAAUUUUAGUCAAAGUGUUGGUACCAACAACAAUAAUCGAGGACAUGAUACAAAUAAUAUAACAGAAGAAUUAAACAAAUUGAAACUUGUUGAUUUUCCGCCGUGGAACCGGCUGUCACUUUAUCACUGGUCGUCUAUUCUUGCUAUGUAUAAUAUUUCAAUUGCUGGUGAACACAUCACUGUCCUGCCGACUAUUAAAAUAGCUCAUGCUGUUAAUCCACAAGUUGCUAGGCAGAUAAGCAAUCCUGAUGAUAUUCAGCAAUUUCAAUGGCAAAGUUUGGCUACUGCGGCUUUGGAUCCACUUGAUUUUUCUGGUUUGUGCUUUAUUUAUUAA